AAUCUGCCAUGUUUUCUGCUUAUGUUUUUUAAAGCAACCUUCAGAGGAGGGCAUGGUAUCAGAAAAGGCAAGAGACGCGGUUUUGAGGCACUUCCUCUCAAACCACUUCGCAAUCAGAGACAGACAGCAAGCAGAAGCAUGUCCUCAUUCCUACUUGACUCAUCUGAUAGACUUCUCAGAUGUAGCAAUGUGGAAUGACUCUUUCUCAAAAAGUGAGAAGUCUCCGUGGAAAGGAGCCAGGCGUUGGUUGUUCUAUGUCGUGCUCUCCCUGAUGUUGGGAGUUUUAGUUCUCUACAGUUGGUUCUCACCAUCUUGGAGGCCUUCGCUGUUUCAGAGGGAAGACUCGUCAUCAGACGACAACAAGAUGACCGUCAAAUCUAUUUCGCCUUCUCACUCCAUCCCUUCACAGUUCUAUGUGGAAUACCCGUACCGAUACCAUUUCAUACUGGAUGAACCAAACCGAUGCCGACAGGAGAGCCCCUUCGUGGUGGUCAUGAUCCCAGUGGCCCCACAAAGCAGGGAGGCCCGCGACAUCAUUCGCAGGACAUGGGGAAGAGAAAGUCAGGUGUUGGGCCAGUUGAUCAGCUACUACUUCCUCCUGGGAGAGUCUAGAAUUGGUAACGACGCCGAGCCACCUGAGGAACAGAUUUUAAAUGAAAGCAAGAAGUACCACGACAUCCUCCAGAGUAACUUCUUGGACAGCUACAAAAAUCUCACCAUUAAAACGAUGGUCAUGCUGGAGUGGCUUGGCUCCCACUGCCCCAACACCUCCUACGCCAUGAAGGUCGACUCGGACACCUUCCUCAACGUACACAACCUCGUCGACCUGCUGCUGGAAGCCCCCCGCCACAACUACAUGACGGGCCUGGUGGCGCGGGGCGCCGCGGUUCUUCGAGACCCAACCUCCAAGUGGUUUCUGUCGCCCGACGUCUUCCCUGAGGAUUCGUACCCUCCGUACGCGCUGGGAGUUGGCUACGUCUUGUCCCUGGAUCUGCCCAACCAGAUACUGGAAGCGUCCAAAACGAUUCCGGCUGUCUACAUCGAAGAUGUGUACUUGGGUUUGUGCAUGAGACAUUUAGGGAUUCCGCUGACGGAUCCUCCACACGGCGGUUCUUUUGUCAUCAACACGCCUUGGGAAACCACGGGCUGCUACUUCGCUUCGGUCAUUGUCACGUUACUGCAGAACUCUGAGCAGAUUUUGGAUGUAUGGAAGGCUUAUGAGACUCGACCAGACUGUUAGACCUUCAACGUUUGGUGGCAUUUUCUCCCAUGAGCACCCAUACCCUGCUGGGGAGGAACGCGGUUAGAACACCAGCUGGUGUAUGUCUCACGCAGAGAAACCUGAUGAUUAUCUCCAAACCUCAAGUUUGUCACACUGAAACUGUUUACAGGAGAUGGAAUGCAGGAGAGGUUUCGAAACUGUGUGCAACCACUGUGCAAUUAUUUAAAGUCUAAUUUAUUACUUUUUUAAAAAGAUUUUAUAAGUUGACAUGUUUUUCAUACUAUUACUGUUCCAACAUGUCAAAGGAGAGUCCCUUGCAAGUGCACCUCUAUUUUUGAGUGUUUUCACAUGAGCGCCAGAGUAAAACGAGGGAAAGAACAAUAUCAGUGUGUUUCUGUAAGCUGUGCAAUAAACUAUUGUUUUUUUUAA